AUGACCAAAGGACGAAAUGAUCAGAGAACUGAAGGACGUAAGGACGAAAAGUCGAUAACACGGAAGGACGAUAACACGAAAAGACGAUUGGACGAAAGGAUGAUAACACGAAAAGACGAUAAGACGAAAGGACAAAAGGACGAAAGAACGAAAGGACUAAAGGACGAAACAAAGGACCAAAGGACGAAAAAACGAAAGGACGAUAGGAUAAAAGAGCGAAAGGACGAAAGGAUGAUAUACACGAAAGGACGAUCGGACGAAAGAGCGAAAGGAAUUAAGGACGAAGAAAAAAACGAAAUUAGGAAGGAAUGUAAGGAGAAAAGGCCGAAUGGACGACAGGAUGAAGGGACGAAAAAGCGUGAGGGCUCCAGGUUGUUAGGGCGUAAGGACGAAAGGACGACAGUACAACAGAACGAAAGAAUGAAAGGACGAAACAAUCUAAGAAUGCAAGUUCUUUAG